CGUCCGCAAGAUGGCUGCUGCAGCGGGCGCGCUGCGGGGCCUCGGCCGCCUCUGGCGCUUGCUGCUCUUCGUCUCUCAGUUCUGCGUUCUGUCUGGAGGUGAGCACUCGCAGCCGCUGGCGCAGCCGGUGAAGGAUGCGGCCCCCACGCGAGCGUUCACCGCGGCUCCCAGGGCGCCAGAGAGUACCGAAAUCCCGCCGUACGUGACCAAGUGUCCGAGCAACGGUCUGUGCAGCAGACUCCCUGCGGACUGCAUAGACUGCGCCACCAACUUCUCCUGCGUCUACGGGAAGCCUGCCACUUUCGAUUGUGCCGUGAAGCCGUCUGUGACCUGUGUCGAUCAAGACCUGAGGGCCCAGAAGAGCUUCGUCAUCAACAUGACGUGCAGGUUCUGCUGGCAGCUGCCCGAAACAGACUACGAGUGCACCAACUCCACCAGCUGCAUGGCCGUGUCGUGCCCACGGCAGCGCUACACCGCCAACUGCACCGUGCGGGACCACGUCCAUUGCUUGGGGAACCGUACAUUUCCCAAGAUGCUGUACUGCAAUUGGACUGGAGGCUACAAGUGGUCUACCGCUCUGGCUCUCAGCAUCACCCUGGGCGGCUUCGGAGCGGAUCGCUUCUACCUGGGCCAGUGGCGGGAAGGCCUUGGCAAGCUCUUCAGCUUCGGGGGCCUGGGCAUCUGGACGCUGAUCGACGUCUUGCUGAUCGGGGUCGGCUACGUGGGCCCCGCAGAUGGCUCCCUGUACAUCUAGCUGCGGAGCGUGCUUCGAGGGACCGUGCUCCGUGUCCCCUGGAUUGAUGGGCGGGAGGGACGUCGGUCUGUUCUAUGUACAGCAUCUGUACUUUGCUUGCCUUGAUGAAGGUAAAAUAAAGAUGAAACACUGAA